AUGAUUAACUCCGUCAUGGACUUGGCCAGGUGGAAAAAGUCGCUAGCCUACGUUGAAAUUACAAACUUCGUUGAGACUGUUAACACCGCAGUUGUAUCCAGGUCUAUUUCUGAAGACCAAAAGCACUCUGAAGUAAUGUGCUUUAAAUUACUUGACGUGAUGUAGAAUAUUUCGAAAGUGACCGUGCUAAUUUCAAAAUUAGACGACCAUAUUAGCGAAGUUCCUCUAGACCAAGACGUCCAACGGUUUGGCAACAAGGCGUUUCGUACGUGGUUCCAGUGGCUGUCCGAAAACGCUGGGGCAUUCUGUUCUGAAAUGUUGAGCUGCCAGGAAAUCUCGGGUCAGCAGUUAAAAUGUUUGUUUUUGCGUUCCUUCUUCUUAUGACUGUCCGAACGUUCCCCAUUUUAAACACUUCGUUUUCCAGUGGUGGACGUCGCAGACGACGGUUCUAGGCCUUUAUAUCGGCGCUGGAUAAACCGAAAUGGAUUUUCUGUGGAAAUAACUAUAUUAUCAUCCUGAAGAAAUUUGGAGGCCGACAAAAAUGGGCAGUCGAGUUUUGUUCGUCUCAUUAACUAGGCAUUGCGGACUUCAAAUCCCAUUUUCGAGUCGGUUUUUGCGUGCUCGGGUCGUAUUUGAAAAUCUCAUAGAGGGACACCGGACCCUGACCCACAUAAAAUAAGUUACUAGCUAAAAGAACGCGCACUGGCCUGUGUGUCCGUUCUUAGCCUAUUCCAUCUGUCAGGAGAACCCAUUUUCCCAGUGUUGCUGCCUGUUGAAUAAUCUGAGAACCCCCGAUGUCUGUUGUCCUCAGUUUAGCCGAAAUUGGAUGCGUGUAUGUAGCUAACGCACCUUUAAUGCAGCAACAGCUUUGAUUAAAAGUUUGCAUAAGAAUAACCUCUAAGUAGUCGGACGCUCUUAGCCGGUGGUAUUACUGAAACUUGGUUUUCUAAAGGUUUGUAGAGCAGUUUACUUGUAAAAUGCUGGACUUUUCUAAAAUAAAACCUGGUCACCGCCGUUGGAAAGUCACAGUACUUUCGCACAAUUACUGUCCUAAAGUGGCUCAGUAGAGGACUUCUGAAGGGCAAUGCGGCGUGCCUUUACAUACAAGUUUGCGGGUGAUACAUUUCCAUUAGUAUCAGAGUAAAUACGAGGAUCGACGCGACCAAAACUCGCUUGGUUUGUUAGAUGUAAUAGUUAAUAACAGCGGAAUCACCUGGUUGUCUAUUUUUUGUCGUCACUAACCGUGUCAAUCCUCACAGCACUGGUGUCCGGUAAUUAUAAUCAUUGUAUUGCGAAGCCAAGAGUAAGUUGCCAGAAGUUUAGCUUGUGUGCUCCAGUCAGUUCCUUUAAAACUUGCGCGUGUCUCUAUUGUGUCGUCAACUUUAUCAUUGGAUGUAUGCCGCAACCCUGGGAGCCAGUGAAAUUUAAGAUCAAAAGUUUCUAGGUUGUCGGCUGCAGUGUGGUCUCUUCAUGCGUUUAACAUCGUUAUUGAUGUAAAUUAAAAUGUCGAGAGACGUAAGUCACGUUACUGCAUAAUGAGACGCUUCAGUAGGAGAUAUGACUUCUGUGCCGCUCGAAAGUUCUUAUCAUAAGACUAUAACUGCGAUUUUUGUACACAACCUAUUCUACAGGCUACUGUUGUCAUGUCUAAACCAAAAAAAAACAACUGACUGUCAGAGAACUCUGUUUUAUUGGGAAUGUUUUCACAUGCCGCUUUCAUUUAGCAGUACGUGUGUACACGACGAUCCGACUAUGUCCUACGAGAUAUGACAGUUUUCCAAAUCUGGGUUAUCAUGGUCUUUACUGAAAUUACCGAGAGAAGUGACUUAUUGCUGCGGCAGGACUAUGGCGGUAUCAGGUUACCGCCAACUUGACGAUUGUCCGCAGAAUCCUCAAAUACUAUCGCUGUUGUGAGCAGCCGACUUUUUAUACCUGAUCACCAAUCUUCCGAUCUCGAAAUUUUCUGCAACCUAUACUGUUGCAUGACUGCGCGUCAAUUAACUAUGCCACCGAAUAGCCUCAUUUUCGCCACUCAGAAUCGUUAUUCAGUGUUUGAGUGUUCAAGUGGGCAUCAGAGGAAGUAAAUGGACACAGUCACUGCACAGUGCACGGGCGUGGCAGCGCACAUUUUUAGACCUCGGUAGACAGAAUAUUCGAAUAUUGCUCGGUGGGUAAUUUGCGAGCACGAGUCUGCCACUAACUGAGAACAGACUUACAAGAUGUAGUUGGCCUGCGGUAUAAGAACGGCUAAACCAUGCAGGGUAGACGCGGUUAAAGUUCUGCCAUUUCCACUUUUCGGAAUAUGAUUCCCGUCUUCCAGAAUUCAAUAUGUCCAUUUCUCCGACUCAGAAAGUGACAAACAGGAGAUUGCAACGUAUCUGACUGAAUCCGUCGGAAACGCUACUCGUAUCGACUACGGCACAGGACAUGAACUAGCCUUUAUUGCCUUUGCUCUAUGCUUGUUCAAAACCAAGUUUCUGCAAGCUCCGGAGCCCCAACCGACACCAAAAAAGAUGGACAAUAAUGCUGUACUGGACGAUAUUUCCGCCGUGGCUCUGGUCUUGAUGCCCGCAUAUCUGAAGUUGGUUCGCCACCUUCAAACCUACUUCCGGAUGGAACCCGCAGGAUCACAUGGGGUGUGGAGCCUCGAUGACUUCCAGUUCGUCCCCUACAUCUGGGGCAGUAGUCAACUGGUUGGUACGUUGGUUUGUCUUGAUUUAACUCUCCGACGCAUUUUAAGGCACAGGCUUGUACGAACCAAAGGCGAUACCCAAUCGCGAAGUUGCCGCGAAGGAACGUAGCGCGAACUUACUUUUCUCCUGCAUCGAUUACAUUUUUCAAGUUUGUAGUUCCAUUCACUCAAUUUUAGCCUUACGAAUAGGUUAAAUCUGGUCCCUUUGCCGAACACUCAAGUACCCUACAAGGUAUAAGCGAAAUAGCACAGUGGGAAAAGGUCAACUCGGGGAUGAUUAAAAUGUACAAAGGAGAGGUACGUCAGGAUGGCUACAAUAAGACUUGACUUUAUGAUGACUGAGAAUCAGAAUAACUUUGUAUGAUAGGUAAUGGACAAGUUCCCCAUCAUCCAACAUUUCCUCUUUGGUAACCUGCUCAAAAUCGAUCCGGCCCCGCCGAGACCAAUUGGGCCUCCCACCAGAAACCGGAUGUUGCCGCCUUCACUCACCCCUAACAGUGGACCGCCAAGGAAACCACUUUCUCCGCCUUCAUGGAUUCCUCCUUCUGGCGAUCCGUAG